AUGGGCAACUGCGACAGCCGCGACAUUGCCGAACAGACGAAACAGAACAAGAAGAUCAACGCGGAGCUGGCGACGGCCAAGAAGGACGAUGAGAGCGUCAUCAAGCUGCUGCUGCUGGGCGCUGGCGAGAGCGGAAAGAGUACGGUGUUGAAGCAGAUGAAGUGAGUGGCGGAUGUGCGCGGCGCGCGAAUCCACGUGUCUCUCUUCAGAAUCAUCCACGACGACGGCUUCUCGCAGGAGGAGUCCAUCGAGAAGAGGAACGUCGUCUGCGCGAACACCAUACAAGCCAUGGGCGCUCUGUUGGACGGCAUGAAGCAGCUGAGAGUCGACUUUUCGAAUCGAAUGUGUAAUGUGAGUCACGGUUUUUUUCAAUUCAUCUCCAGAAAUCGAACACAGCCUCUCUGCUUAUUUUCAAAAUAAAAGUGCAAUUUUCCAUUUCCCCGUAGACUUUGCCGCUUUUGCACUUUUAUAACAAAGUCCAUAACCUUCUAAAUCUCAACAACCAAUGAUUAUAGGGAAAAUUUUUGAGCACAACAACUUUAUAAUUGAUCACUUCCACUCAAAAUUCCUCAUUCCUCAAUCUACAGACAUUUUGCUGACCUGUGACGAAUAACAAAGACUUCCGAAUCAGGAGGCUCUGUGAUUGUUCUUAAAAUCACGUUUCAUCCCCUGUGUUGACUUGCAGGCGCAUGAGAAGCUGAUUCGCGAGACGUUGACCGACAAAACAGAGUUUGCGCCGUUCAACGACGCCAUGUACACGUAGGUGGUCGCCUUCGAACUCAGAAUUAUACUAUUCUACUCUUUUUUGAGUGCUCUCGUCGAUUUGUGGGCAGACAAGGGCGUGCAGAGUGUGUACGAGCAGCGGGAGCUCUUCUAUCUUCACGAUUCGGCUAAAUAGUAAGUAAUCGGUCGGGCAGUUCAGAGUAAAGGAAACGUCGUUCAGCUUCUUCGACUCGAUCGACCGAAUGAACGCGGUGGGCUAUGUGCCGACCGAGAACGACAUUCUGCACACGCGAAUCCCGACGAUGGGCGUCAUCGAGGUGAGGUUCAAAAUGAAGGGAAAAGUGUUCCGCGUGUUCGACGUGGGCGGGCAGAGAUCGCAGCGCAAGAAGUGGAUUCACUGCUUCGACGACGCGAAAGCCCUCAUCUACGUGGCAUCGCUCUCCGAGUUCGAUCAAGUUCUGCUAGAAGACAACACGACCGUAAGCCACGCCCCGCCAGAAGUUUGAACUUUUUCGACGCUUGCUGUUCAGAACCGAAUGCUGGAAUCGAUUCAACUGUUCAAACAAGUGGUCAACAACAAGUACUUUGUCAACACCUCCGUCAUUCUUUUUCUCAACAAAAAAGACAUUUUCGAGGAGAAAAUUGUCACCAAAAAGCGGAGUUUAUCGAUUGCAUUCGAUGCCUACACCGGUCAGUUCUCCCCAUUUAAAGCGCAUUAGACCCAUUCCGCUUCCUCCGGCCAAUUUUUUGUUCUACAGGACCCGCAGAAGAUAUGGAGGCGGCGAUACAGUUUGUGGAGAAAAAGUACAAAGGAGUGUCGGAUAACAAGGAGAAGAACAUCUACUGCCAUCAGACGUGCGCCACGGACACUCAACAAGUGCAGUACGUGCUCGACGCGGUGCUCGACACGAUUCUGUCAUCGAAACUGAAAGGAUGCGGUUUGUACUGA